GAUGUCUAAUCUAAGUUUAAUGUUAAACAGGAUAUGGAUUGGGUACCUACGUAUGCUAAAACCCACACGGACAAUCAAGGGAAUUGGGUUGAUCCGGUUGCUGAACAAAAUUACCGGAACAUACAACAGGCCACAAGUCAAUGGAGCGGUGAGGGUCCGCCAAUUGCCCCGUAUCAGGAAGCGUUGGGUGAGCGGCGAGGAUGGUACCGCGGGAUGGGGCCUAAACCUUCUUCCAACACGUCCUCGCACUCGUCAUCUAACAUGUCGUCUUCGCAAGCUCGGACGCAAGAACCCUUUUCCGAGGAUUUUGUUAACAGCUUGUUCCAAACCCCGUCAUUUUUGAACCAACUUAACAACUAUCUUGCUUCACAAGGAAAAGGAAAAGGAAAAGGAAAGUCAAAAGACUACGAUUCUGACAACUUAUUCGAUAAUGAAUCCGACGAUGAACCCAACGAUGAACCCAACGAUAACGAUGACGAUGAGUGA